AUGGGUAAAAAAACAUGCUGGAAAGUGUUUUUAUCACACCACAAUCUACUUAGUAAUGUUGACAUAAAUGACAAUUUAGAAGAAGAAAAUUUUAAUAAAAUGCGAUUUUAUACAAAUAACGAAAAUAUUCAUUGCAUAAACGACCUUAGAGGGAUUUUAGCGUCCUCAAAGCCGAUCAGCAAAUUAUCUCCAACUUUAGACUCUUCAAAACAGUAUUGUCUUCGUGUACACUACCAGACUAAAAUAUGGUUGAACAGUACGAUACCCAGACCAUCUUUACCAAAUGUAUCAGAGUGUGGCUGGAAAAUUGUUAAUGGAAAACUGGUACCAAUUUUAAGUACAGAAUCAAUACUACCUGAGGACACUUCUGCUUUAAAUACUUGCAAUUGUAAAAAAGAGUGUAACGGGAAACAAUUUUCCUGCAAGAAAAAACAAAUUUGUUGCAUUGAGUCCUGCAAUUGUCUGGCUCAAAUUACAUGUGCAAAUAAAGUGAAGAAAGAUCUAAAAAACAUAAAAGCUUCCCAGAAUACGUUAUCUGAUAGUGAAGAAAAUUCAGAGUGUGACUAA